AUGCGAAAUAUAAGUUUAUGCAUAUUUCAAAUUUCACAAUGGAACAAUAAUUUCCUAUUUAUUUUAUUCAUAUACACAGUUCCGUUCACUCAUUCCUGCUUACCUACUCAAAGUACAGAAGGUUGGUUUAAAUAUAAAUCAUGAUUUAUGUGCAUUUUUUGUUUUCAAAUCAACCUUCUAUUGUUUGGUUCAUAAUAACGAUAUUAAUCUAGUCCUUUGAAAAGUUUUCUCCUAAUUUCAAGAUAGUGAAACAGGUGAUUUAUUAGUUCAAUUCCGCGCAUCAAAGAUGAUAAGAAAUAAAAGUCACUAAUAAGUACCAAUUGACUCGAAUGAACCAAAACAACAUUCUUGAAGAGAAUUUCAAAGAAAUUAUCAAAUUUUGAGCAAUAAAAUAGAUUGAAUUGCGGAUGAGUUUUCUCAGAUUUUUUAAAUUUAGAUGACACGACACCGACUUUUACAGAAGUUUCAAGUACUACUACUACUACGACUACAAGUAUGUUUUGUUCAAUCUACUAAUUUUUUGAAUAUUUUUCAUACUAGUUCAAAAACGAUACGUUUUGAUAAUUUCUAAUUUUCGUUUCCACUUUUUCACAAUCAAAAUAAUAAUUUCUGUUCAAAAUAACUUAUUUUACAAUUUUUCGUUGUUUUCAAUUCUACAAUAUUUUCAGCGCCAACGACUACAACUGAAACUCCAUAUCGUAAGUUUUUAGAACUUAAUUUUUAAAUAACAGUUUUUUCAGCGUGUUCUGUGUGCCCUAAAAUUUAUAGUCCAGGAUGUCUUGGCGGAGAUAUUUGUGCAUCAAUAGCUGAAGUUGGAUUGAAAUAUACAUUAGGCUUAUUACCAGGAUAUAAUUAUGGUGAUGCCAAUACUUGCUCGUAGGUGGAUGUUUCUUUGUGUGAAAAAAUCAUCAGAAAAAAAUUUAUAGAACCAUUUUCUCAUGUCCGAUUGGAACAACAUCGCGAGUGCGUGAAUUGUUAACUGGUUUGAUUGUUCCGGGACCUCCUUUAGUGAUUGCAACUUGUUCUGAAACUGGUGCAAAUGCCGGAACAUGGUAUCUCGGAAUUCCUCCACUUGUGACACCGAUUGAAAUUGUUGCAACUUCCUGUUUAGGAGUUAUUUAG